AGCGCCCGGCCGCGAUGAGGAGCUGAUUCCCGAGCGCCGACACCCGCCCGUCGUGCCCCCCAGACGCUCCCGGAAUCCGGCGCCGCCGCUUGACUCAGGGAUCCCAAAACUGGUGCUUUGCAAAACUAGCCAGCCCACCAACCAAAGAAAAUGUGGAAACAUCGACAUUUACCCUUUGCAGCAAUCUUUUGUCUUUUAUUCUCAGGCUGUUGUUAUGUAGCUGAUGCCCAGACAAAAACUGAUGUCAAAAUCGGUGCCGCUGCUGAUAUAAUAUUUCUAGUGGAUUCCUCUUGGAGCAUUGGAAAGGAGCAUUUCCAACUUGUUCGAGAGUUUCUGUAUGAUGUUGUAAAACAAUUAGAUGUGGGUGAAAAUGAUUUUCGGUUUGGUCUGGUCCAGUUCAGCGGAAACCCACAUACCGAGUUCCAGUUAAACACGUAUCACGAUAUGCAAGAUAUCCUCACCCAUAUCUCGCACAUGACUUAUAUGGGGGGAGGAACCAAGACCGGAGAAGGAUUAGAGUACCUAAUUCGGAACCAUCUCACUAAAGUUGCUGGAAGCAGAGCGAGCGAUGGUGUCCCCCAGAUUAUUAUAGUCUUAACGGACGGACGAUCCCAGGAUGAUGUGGUCCUGCCAUCAUCGGUUCUUAAAUCUGCCGAUGUAAACAUGUUUGCCAUUGGAGUUCAGGAUGCAGUGGAAGGGGAAUUAAAGGAAAUAGCGAGUGAACCCCUUGAUACGCAUCUGUUCAACCUAGAGAAUUUUGCUGCUCUGCACGGCAUUAUAGGAGACUUAGUGGCCAGUGUUCAUUCAUCUGUGACUCCAGAAAUGGCUGGAGCCAAUGGAGUGAUUAAAGACAUUACAGCACAAGAAUCUGCUGACAUUAUUUUCCUUAUUGAUGGAUCAAACAACGUCGGCACCGCCACUUUUGCAGCCUUUCGUGAUUUUCUUGCAAAUUUUAUUGAAAGACUCUCAGUUGGAGCUGAGCAGAUACGCAUUGGGGUGGUGACGUAUAGCGAUCAACCCAGAACUGUGUUCUCCUUGGACAACCACACCAACAAAGCUGAUGUUCUAGAUGCAAUGAAAGCCCUUAGCUUCCUCGGUGGCGAGGAAGCUAACAUAGGGGAAGCGCUUGAGUAUGUGGUCCAAAACCACUUCACUCGAUCAGGAGGCAGCAGGGUACAAGAAGGGGUACCACAGGUUUUAGUGUUGAUAAGUGGCAGUGAAUCUAGCGAUGAUAUUAGAGAGGGAGUUUUAGCCAUCAAAAGAGCAAGCAUAUUCACAUUUUGCAUUGGGGUCCAAAAUGCUGACCAUGUAGAGCUUCAGCACAUUGCUACUGAUGGAAGCUUCGUGUUCAUUGCCUUGGACACUCGUAACCUUGACGAACUUCAAGAACUCUUACUUCCAAACAUUGCGGGAGUGGCCCAAAGGCUCAUUUUGUUAGAUGCCCCAACCAUUCUUACAGAAGUUACUGAAGCCAAUCAGAAGGACAUAGUCUUCCUGAUAGAUGGCACAACCAUACAGGGGAAUGCUCCCUUUAAUGGAAUUCGUGACUUCCUUUCCAAACUCAUCAACAGACUGGAAGUUGGAGCGGACAAGAUCCAAGUUUCAGUGGCGCAAUUUUCAGAUAACGUAAAACCAGAAAUCUAUUUCAGAACUGCCCAGGACAAAAAUGCCAUCGUUAGCAGUGUCAAGAAACUAAGACCAGUUGGUGGUAGUGUGCACAAUAUGGGCUCUGCACUGAGGUAUGUUAAAGACAACUUAUUCACCAGCGCCGUAGGAUGCAGGAUCGAUGAAGGUAUCCUACCCCUGCUGGUCCUUAUUACUGGGGGUAAAUCCAGAGAUGACGUCGCCCAACCAGCACAAGAGUUGAAAGGCAGAGGCAUAUUGGCUGUUGCUGUGGGAGCUCUGAAUGCGGAUCGUGCUGAACUGGAACAAAUCGCCUUCACUCCAAGCCUGAUAUUCACUGCCAGUGAUUUCCGCCCAGCUACCAUGCUGCCUCUUCUCCCUCAGGUCAUGACAAAUAUACGGACACUCUCUGGAACUCUUGUGGAAACAACAACAACAGAAGUUCUGGCAAACAAAAGGGAUAUCAUCUUUCUUUUGGAUGGAUCAGCCAACGUUGGAAAUGCCAACUUCCCAUUUGUCCGUGACCUUGUUGUGAGCCUAGUUAGGUUCCUUGAGGUUGGAAUUGAUGAUGUGCGAAUCGGCCUAGUGCAAUUUAGUGAGAACCCUAAAACUGAGUUCUUUUUAAACACUUUCCUAACCCAACCAGAAGUCCUUAAUCGCCUAAGUCAGCUGAGGCUCCAGGGGGGUUCAGUGCUGAACAUGGGCUCUGCCCUAGACUUUGUGCUUUCCAAUCAUUUCACUGAAGCCGGUGGGAGCAGGAUAGAUGAAAAUGUUCCUCAGGUUCUAGUCUUCCUUGCGGCGGGGCCAUCUGCCGACUCCUUCCGACAGGCCGCUAACUCUUUAGCCCGCACAGGAGUGCUGACAUUCUGCAUUGGAGUUAGGAAUGCCGUUCGGUCAGAACUCCAACAGAUCGCAUUUAAUCCACAAAUGGUGUACUUUAAGGAUGAUUUCAGUUCUCUGGCAGCUUUACCGCAAGACAUGAUUAGGCCGCUAAUGACAUACGUUAGCGGGGACGUGGAAGAAGUCACUAUUCCAUCUGCAGAAAGCAAGAAAGAUAUCUUAUUCUUGAUCGAUGGCUCAGUAAACUUUUCAGGUCAGUUAUCUGUUAUUCGAGAUUUCCUGACCCGCAUUAUUACUGACCUGGAUGUGAAGCCAGAAGGCAUCCGCGUGGCCGUGGCGCAAUUUAGUGACAAUGUACAAGUCGAGUUCAACUUCGAAGAGAUCCCAUCUAAGGGAGACAUCCUUCAGAAAGUGAGAAGAAUGAGGUUAAAGUUAGGGCGACCACUCAACAUUGGUGCUGCGUUAGAUUACGCCCUGAGGGAAAUCUUCGUGAGGAAUGCUGGGAGCAGGAUUGAAGAAGGAGUGCCGCAGUUCCUUGUUCUCCUGGCUGCUGGAAGGUCAAGUGACAAUGUGGAGCCUGCAGCCAAUGCCUUGAAACAAGCUAACAUUGUCCCUUUCGUGAUCAAAACCAGGAGUGCGUAUGCUGCAGAAUUAGAAAAAAUAGUUUAUGACCCUCAGUUCAUUCUAAGUGCUGAUUCCGUGACUAGAAUUGGAGACGUUCAACCUCAAAUAGUCAAUCUACUGAAAACCAUCGAAAUUGCACCAAGAGUGGUUGAAGUUCAGAAGAAAGACGUUGUGUUUCUGAUCGAUGGUUCGGAUGGCAUCAGACGUAGUUUCCCUUCAGUGGUGUCCUUUGUAGAAAACUUGAUUCAAACCUUUGAUGUAGGCCGGGAUGACAUUCGGGUUUCUGUAGCUCAAUAUAGCAAUGUUCCCAAAGUGGAGUUCCUCCUGAACGCCCACCCAGACAAGACCGAUGUGAUCAGUGCAGUCCGGCGCUUGUCUCCCAUGGGGGGCUCACCGCUUAACACAGGGGCCGCCCUUAACUACCUUCUACGCAAUGUGCUCACCAGCCAAAGUGGGAGCAGAGUGGCCGAAGGCGUCCCUCAGUUCUUGAUCCUGGUGACAGCGGGCAGGUCCAGAGAUGAUGUCACGAGGCCCGCCGCAGCUCUGAAGAGCGGUGGGGCUGUGCCCAUCGGCAUUGGCAUAGAGAAUGCAGACAUCUCUGAACUGCGGACCAUUUCUUUCAUUCCGGACCUUGCAAUCCUCGUUCCUGAGGUCAGACAACUAAGCACAGUACAGCAGUUGAUUUCGGAUAAAGUGAUUCGGUUGACCAGAGAAGAAAUAGAAACUAUGGAGCCUGUUUUAUUACCACCAAUUACAGUGGAUAGAAAAAGAGAUGUCGUAUUCCUUAUUGAUGGCUCCCAGUUUGCAGCCUCUGAAUUUUCUUCUGUCCGUCGUUUUAUUGAGAGCCUUGUAAGCAACAUGAACGUGGAUUCUGAUGCCACCCGGGUAGCUGUGAUUCAGUUUAGCGACGAUCCCAGAGUUGAGUUUCUGCUGAACGCGCACUCCAGCAAAGACGAGGUACAGAAUGCAGUGAGGAAUCUCAGACUCAAAGGAGGGAGACGAGUGAACGUUGGCUCUGCCCUAGAGUAUGUCGCAAGAAACAUCUUUACAAGGCCUUCAGGAAGCCGUAUAGAAGAGGGAGCACCACAGUUUCUAAUCCUCUUCUUCUCUCGCCCGUCUGAUGAUGAGGUAGAGGACCCUGCGAUCCAAAUCAAACAAGUUGGGGUGGCACCAUUGGUUGUUGCGAAAAACGUGGAUACCGAGGAACUGGUGAAAAUAGCUCUUAGUCCUGAAUAUGUGUUCCAAGUGUCAACUUACCAGGAUCUUUCUAGUUUGGAACAGAGAUUUCUGUCCGCUGUUACAACACUCACUACGCAGCAGAUACAAACACUCAUAGAUGAAACACGUCCUGCUCCAGAUAUUGACAUUGAGGCAAAGGACAUAGUCUUCCUGAUUGACACCUCUACUCCUCUUGGGAGAGACAACUUUGCUCACAUUCGAGAUUUCAUUUUGCGUUUUGUCCAGCAGUUGGACGUUGAAGAAAACAAAGUGAGAGUCGGUGUGGUCCAGUUCAGCAAUGAUGUGUUCCCAGAGCUCCUUUUAAGAGACUCCAAAUCCAAAAGUGGCGUGAGUAAUGUUAUACGGCGCUUGCGAUUAAGAGAAGGAGCUCCCCUGAACGUUGGGAAAGCGCUGGAUUACGUUGUGAAGAAUGUCUUUGUGAAGUCUGCGGGAAGCAGGCGAGAAGAUGGCGUCCCUCAGCAUUUAGUUCUCCUUCUCGGAGGGAGAUCCCAGGAUGACAUCAGUAGACCCUCCAUUGCUCUGCAGGGGCUUGGAAUAAAAAGUCUGGGUGUAGGAGCAAGAAAUGCAGAUGGUGCCGAACUGCAGAGGAUAACCGGUGCUCCCGGAAAGGCAUUUGUUUUCAGAGAGUUUACAGAACUCCCAGCAACAGCGAGCAGGAUCUUUUUGUCAUUCCAGGAGCUUCCAGAACCACCAACGGAACCUGAAGUUCCAAUUGUUGAUGAUAGAAAACAAGCAGACCUCGUGUUUAUACUGGAUAGCUCCAUUAACUUUGGAAGUGAGAAUUUCCAACAAGUGACUGACUUCGUAGCGGGCAUAGUUGACGCCAUUUAUGAAGAAAGGGAUUCCAUCCAAGUUGGCUUAGUCCAGUACAACUCGGAUGUGAGCGACGAAUUCUUCCUGAAAGACUUCCCCAAGAAAGAGCAGAUCAUCGAGGCGAUUGAAAAAGUCAGGUACAAAGGUGGCAUCGUCUCCAAUGCUGGCGCCGCCAUCAGGCAUGUCCAAGCAAAGCACUUUGUGAAGGAGGCCGGCAGCCGGGCCGAGCAGAAGGUCCCCCAGAUCGCUUUCAUUAUCACUGGAGGCAGGCCGGACGACGAUGCGUACGCAGCUGCCACGGCGCUGGCACGGACGGGCGCCAAGGUCUUUGCGGUUGGGGUGAAGAACAUUGACAUGGGGGAAGUCACCCAGCUCUCCAGCGACAGCACCACGGCCUUCCGGUCUCCGACCACUGUUGCCCUGUCGGACUUGAACGAGGCCGUCUUGGUCACGAUGGCCGAUGUCAUGAAGCAGCAGCUGUGUCAAGUCGUGGGGGAAGUCUCAAGAGACUGCAAUCUGGACAUUAUACUUGGAUUUGACGUCUCAGAUGUUGGGCCACAGCAAAGUAUAUUCACUGCGCAGAGGGUGCUGGAGACGAAGGUUGAGGACAUUCUAAACAGGAUCUCUCAAAUUCAGAGAAUUAGCUGCACUCCCAACCAGACCCCUUCAGUACGGGUGGCUCUUCUGGCACAGACUCCCUCUGGAGUAGUGGAGGCGUUUGACUUUUCUGAGUACCAGCCAGAGUUGUUUGAAAAGUUCCAAGCCAUGCACACCCGGGGUCCGUAUGUUUUAACUGCUGGGACUCUCAAAUCUUAUCAGAAUAAAUUUGUAACGUCUCCCACUGGAAACGUGAAGGUGGUGAUACACUUGACCGAUGGCAUCGAUGGCUCCCGGGAACAGUUACAGGCUGCAGUCACUGAUCUAAAGAAAGAAGGGGUCAAGGCUUUCAUUCUUGUUGGGCUGGAACGAGUAGUAAACUUUGAGGAUGUUAUGAAGCUGGAGUAUGGACGUGGUUUCACUUAUAACCGGCCUCUCCGGGUUAAUCUUCAGGACUUGGAUUUUGAGUUGGCAGAGCAACUGGACAAUGUUGCAGAAAGAGCAUGCUGUGGGGUUCCAUGCAAAUGUUCUGGACAACGUGGGGACAGGGGAUUACCGGGUACAGCAGGACCAAAGGGAGCCCCAGGAGAAGAUGGCUACAGAGGCUAUCCAGGAGACGAAGGUGGGCCGGGAGACCGUGGACCUCUGGGGAUCAAUGGAACUCAGGGAUUUCAAGGUUGUCCUGGUGAAAGAGGAGCGAAGGGCAAUCGUGGAUUCCCAGGUGAAAAGGGUGAACUGGGAGAGAUUGGUCUGGAUGGAAUCGAUGGAGAAGAAGGAGACAGAGGCCAUCCAGGUUCUCCUGGGGAGAGGGGAAACGCUGGCAGGAGAGGUGACAAAGGAGGCAAAGGAGAGCAAGGAGAACGAGGAGACCGUGGACUGCGAGGAAACUCGGGUGCACCCGGAGGCGAUAGCACUCAAAGAGGACCCAGAGGCCAGAAGGGUGAACUUGGACCAAUGGGCGAUCCUGGAGCAGAUGGACCGGCAGGUGCCCCAGGAGGACCUGGAAGAAAUGGAGGACAGGGCAGAAGAGGACCCCCUGGCAUCAAAGGAAACAGAGGUUCUCCAGGCCCACAAGGGUCCGUGGGAGAACAGGGUACCAGAGGGCCACAGGGACCACCUGGCCAGGCUGGAACUCCAGGUCUUCGAGGAGAACAAGGCAUCCCUGGCCCAAGGGGUGGAGGAGGUCCACCCGGGGCUGGCGGAGAACGUGGCAGGCUCGGUCCACUUGGCAGAAAGGGUGAGCCCGGAGAUCCUGGUCCAAAGGGGCUUGCUGGUCCUCCUGGGCCACGAGGAGAGACGGGAGAUGACGGGCGUGACGGCGUAGGGAGGGCAGGAGCUAAAGGCAGACGGGGAGAACCAGGGUUUCCAGGAUAUCCAGGGCCGAAGGGAACAUCUGGAGAUCGAGGUGGUGUCGGCGAUCCUGGCCCCAAAGGAAACAGAGGCCACAGGGGAACCCCAGGAGAGCCUGGCAUACGAGGUCAAAAAGGAGAGAGAGGAUAUGGAGGACCAACUGGACAUAAGGGGGACAGAGGAGAAUCAAGAGAUCAAUGUGCCCUUGUGCGCAACAUCAAAGAUAAAUGCCCUUGCUGCUAUGGCCCAAGGGAAUGCCCAAUUUAUCCAACAGAAUUGGCCUUUGCUAUAGAUACUUCUUCUGGCGUAAGCGGGGACAUUUUCAACAGAAUGAGGCAAGCGGUGCUGGCGAUCGUUAAUGACCUCACCAUCGCCGAGAGCAACUGCCCUCGCGGUGCCCGCGUCGCUUUGGUUACGUAUAACAAUGAAGUCACCACAGAGAUCCGUUUUGCUGACUCUCGCAAGAAAUCCCAUCUCCUGAAACAGAUCGAGGCCCUCCGAGCCGUACAGACCACCAAGCAGCGCAGCUUGGAGACGGCCAUCUCCUUCGUCGCCAGGAAUACCUUCAAACGGGCUCGCAGCGGCUUCCUCAUGAGGAAGGUGGCAGUCUUCUUCAGCAACGGAGUCACAAGAGCAUCUCCGCAACUCAACGAAGCCAUGAUGAAGCUUUAUGAUGCGGGGGUUGUGCCUGUGUUCCUCACAAGCAGAGAUGACCGGGCCCUUGUGAACGCACUGCAGAUCAACAACUCUAUAGGUGGCCAGGUGAUCACAUUUUCUGGGGGUCCAGAUCAAAUAAACCAGACUAUUAGGAGAGUAAUAACGUGCCAUGUUUGCCUGGACGUAUGUGAUCCUGAUCCCGGCUGCGGCCCACAAAGGCCCUCCUUUAGCAGAGACAGGCGGGCAGCUCCGACGGAUGCCGACAUCGACAUGGCUUUCAUCCUGGACAGCUCGGAGAGCACCAGUCCUCUGCAGUUCAGAGAGAUGAAGAAGUACAUCGCCUACAUCAUCAGCCAGCUGGAGAUGAGCCCCGAUCCGAAGGCAUCCCUGCACCACGCCCGGGUCGCCGUCGUCCAGCACGCUCCUUAUGAACAUGCAUCCAAUGCGAGCGCAUCCCCUGUCAGCGUCGAGGUGUCCCUGACAGAUUAUAGCUCCAAAGACAAGCUGAUGGAUUUCAUCGGGAACCAGAUGGUGCAACUGCGGGGCACCAGGGCUGUGGCGAGUGCCAUUGAACAUACCAUAAGGCUCAUUUUUGAGGGGGCGCCAAAUCCCCGAGACCUCAAAGUUAUUGUAUUGAUGAUAACAGGAGAGGUGAAAACCCAGGAGCUAGAGCGCCUUCAAAGAGUGGUCGUGGAAGCUAAAUGCAAAGGGUACUUCUUUGUCAUCCUCAGCAUGGGCAGGCAGGUGAACAUUCGGAGCAUUUACAGCUUGUCCAGCGAGCCCAACGACGUCUUCUUCAAAUAUGCAGACACGUCGGAGCUCCACGAAGAGCCUUUGCUGCGCUUUGGAAAUCUCUUGCCAUCUUUCGUCAGCAGUGAAAAUGCCUUCUACCUGCCCCCAGAUGUCAGAAAACAAUGUGAUUGGUUCCAGGGUGACCAGCCAGUUAAAAAAUUGUCCAGAGACCUAAAUAUUCCAAGCAAUGUUACUGCUGCACCCACUACAUCAACAACAACAACAACAAAACCUACAAUUACAGUAGUGAAGCAUGUGGGUGAAGUCCAGGUCACAGACAUCACUGAAAACAGCGCUAAGCUGCGCUGGGUGGAACCGGAGCCUCAGCCUGCCUCCAUCUAUGAUGUCACCAUCACCUUGGCACAUGACCACUCCUUAGUUCUGAAGCUCAACCUAACUGGCACUGAACGAGUCAUUGGUGGCCUUGGAAGUGGACAGAAGUACCACGUCCUGGUCAUAGGCUACCUCAAUGCACAGGCCAGAUCAACCUUCACAGGAACAUUUAGCACAAAGGUCAUGCCCUUGCCCAAGUUGCCUUCACCUGCAGUAGCCAAUCUGAUGGUGAACACUGAGCCGCUGGAAGAGCCAAGGACAGAUCCUUGCUUGCUGGAUCUUGACAUGGGGACACAGUGCAAGGAAUAUCAGGUUAAGUGGUUCUUUGACUACAAAAACAAGAUCUGCACCCAGGUUUGGUAUGGUGGGUGUGGCGGUAACGCCAAUAGAUUUGACACAGAAGCUGACUGCAUUAGCAGAUGCUUGAAGCCAUCAGAGGAGAAAACCAUGCCACUUCCUGUCCUUCAGAAAAGUCACCUGUCAGGACAGAAAGUGCUCAAGAUGAAGUUAUCCAGGAGAAAAAUUUUCAGAAGGAAAUUGGAAAAAACAGCAAAAAGGAUAGGAAGAGAAGCCAGAAGUAUUUGCGACUUGAAAAAAGAAGAAGGGACCUGCAGGGAUUUUGUCCUAAAGUGGUAUUAUGACGCAGAGAGGAGAAGUUGCACUAGAUUCUGGUAUGGUGGCUGUGGUGGAAACGACAACAGAUUUAACACGCAGAAAGAAUGUGAAGUCACCUGCAUUUUAGGUCAUGUCAUUCCUGGUGUUGUGACAACAGUAGAAACUUAAACGAGAGCAGAACAUCAACAGAUACCUCGAAGAGAACCAGGAGUCAGCCAUUGCCAACAUAGCCCUCGUAGACGCUAAGGGUGUAGACUACCUUGCACUGUGCUAUCUCAUGCUUCAUGUUCAAAGCAAACCUUGAAGAAAGAGUUUUGCUGCACGACUUUUAUCAAUAUGGUGCUAAAUUGUUUGUGGACUGAAUGCUAAAACGUGCUGGGGAUAUAAUCAAAUAACUUUCCAACAUUACGUACUAUUUACCCACCACAGAUCUAUUUUGUUUCAACAAACUACAGUUUCCUUUUGGAUCCCGGCAUUAUGCCUGAAACUUGGGCAAUGUAAAAAUUAGAAAAUAAGAAAUUGGGGCGGGGGGGGGGGGAGAGAUCACUGCAACUGUCAUGUACUUGCUUUUACAAUUUCCACAACUGAGCAUAACUUUAGAAGGAAAGCCUUACCUAAAAAGGAAGUCGCCGUUUCUCAAAUACAAGCAGUCCAAAUUUUCAUGGUGCCUUCACUCUUACUGGAUUAUGCCCUUUAGUAACUCUCUUUUACUCAUAUGUGAUCAAUCAAACUAGGGGAAAAAAUGCAAUCUUUCUUAAUAACGGAUGCACUGCAGGGACCAACGACUGAAUUAAAGAAUUUUUAAAACACGAUGUAGAAUGUUUUUGGCAAUCCUCUAUUGUUGUGUGUUUUAUAUAUAUUUUUUGCAGGGGUGGGGAUUCUGAUUUUAAUGUGGUUUUGUUUCUAGGAUUUCUAUACAAAAGAACUUUUAAAUAAAGUUUAAUUGUGAUUUUGAA